AUGGUUCACACACCCGUAGAAUCAUCAGAAUAUGAAACAAUCACUGUGAAACGUAACAAAGCAAGUGUUAGAAAGCCCGCAAAAUCCACAUACUUGAAUAAAACUGUAGAUGGCGAUGAAGUUUUGCGGCUGAAAGUGGAAUCGAGCUUGCAGAAAGCUGGGUCGAACAUCCCCGAUGACAACGAGUACCCUCGUGAAGUUAGCGAAACCUUUAGAAAUAAUUCCAAAGAUAGUAACAGAGAUGCUUCUGAUCAACAAAUCCUUAAAAAACAUGUGAAUUCAAAUGAAAAAAUUUCUGGCGCAUCGUCUAAAGCAGCAAUCAAAAAACCAGGCACUCAAGUCACAGAUGAAUAUGGUAUUCGAGUUCAUUCCGAUGUAGACAUAACUAAAUUUGAAGAAAUCCCCUUAAACAAAACCAAAACAGAGGAAUCAGUGGAAGAAACGAUCACAAAUGAAUUCGGAUUUCCAGUGCAUACAAGGACAGAUGAGGAGACUGGGAGGUACCAAGUUCUGGAUCCGGAGCCAAUGUUUUCGGUUGACGAGCGCAUAACUAACGAAGAUGGAUGGGAGGUGCAUUCUCGAGUGCCAACGGAUGAUUUCCAGACGCUGAAUACCACGAAUAUAAAAUCGGAUGAAUCGAAAAUACUUGUUGUGCACCAUCCAACAAGUAGUGAAGAAGCUGAUGAAGCCUCUGAAGAUACAAUGAUUUCAGAGACAUUCGUUGCGAAUCAAACAGAAAAUGGAUCUGAAGGUGAAAAAUCCACAGAGAAAGGAACAGCAAAACAGUCAAAAGACGCCAAGACCACGUCGACAGAAAAUUUGGGAACAUCAGCAGGGCUCGAGGAAACAACAUCCAAUGAUAUUCAAGAAGAAAGACAAUCCAGAACUAAGGAAACUGGGGAAAGAAGUGAAAAGAAAUCAGAUGGACUACGGAAUACAAAUGUAGAAUCCACAACAACAAAAAUUCUAGGAACAUCAACAAAGACUGGAAAAACAAAAUCCGAUGAUAAUCGAAAGGAUGCUGAUCCCAGAAGUAGAGAAGUAGAAGAAAAAGAAGAGGGGACGAAGCGAAUAACAGAAGCGAAGUUUGUAUCGGCAUCAACAAGAAGUCCAGAAGCGCCAGUGCAGUCCGAAAAAGUCACAUCAAAAAGCAGCCAAACAGUCAGUAAUUUUAGCCUCAAAAAUCAAGCAGAUAAAGCCAGCAAUUCUAGCCUUAAGGAUCAAGCAGAUAAAAAAGAAAUUAAAUCGGAAAACGUAAAUCUCGGGUAUACCUCCACGGGAAAUACAAAUGAUCUGAACGCCGAGCAUUCUUCAGGAAUACGAGAAGUGACGGCGACCACACAACCCUCAAAAAUGAUUAUUUCUUCGACAGAACAGUCGACUAAGGCGGCGACAGUUGCGGAAAUGAGAAAUUCUGAAGCUGCCGAUAAAGCAAAGUCGAUAACAGGCGGAGAAAACGGCAACUUUACUGAAACAGGCUUUUUCGAAAGCGAAGAAGCUACGGAUGAACCAAAAGUGGAAGAUGCCAGAGUGCUGAGCGGCUCAGGAAAUGAAGAAAAUGAGCUGAAUGCUAGGAAAAGAAAGAAACACUGCCAUCAUCGUCGUGCUCAACGGCUGCUGAAGUGUUUGCUGAAACACCAAAAAUCCGAUCAGCGGAUACAGGCCAAAUUAAGGCGCCCCGAAGAAAUUGUCACGUAA